AGCCAGCGAGCGGGAGGGACAGUCGGGAGCCAGCGAGUGGGAGGGAGAGUCACGCACCAGCGAGUGGGAGGGAGAGUCACGCGCCAGCGAGCGGGAGGGACAGUCGGGAGCCAGCGAGCGGGAGGGUCAGUUGGGAGCCAGAGAGCGGGAGGGACAGUUGGGAGCCAGAGAGUGGGAGGGACAGUUGGGAGCCAGCGAGUGGGAGGGCAUCGUAAACCCAAGUAAAACCGAGCGGGACUCACGGAAGUUCUUUUCCCGGAAAAGAGCUUGUUCAAGGUCUCCAGCAGCCAGCGAAGGGUGGGAGCCGUCUCUCUGACAAGGGGAGGCGAGUUAGAAACACAUAAAAGAAAGAUGUCACUUUGGAAUAGUGCAGGAGGAACAGUUGUGAACAGCUGGUGGUCAGCGACUUUCUCAAUGGAAUUGGGCGAGUGCGGCAGCCAAUUUGCGCACAGACAACCGCAAAGUUAUCAAAUGUAAGAGGAUGUCGGCUGGAGAUUCCCCGAUCCCCAAACAUGGUGACUCUCUUCAGAAUUAUUACAGUCCUGCUCUGUGUCAGACUGGGCAGCCCGGCUGUGAGGGCCAUCCCGGACACAGUCACCAAUCUCUCCGUCGGUCAAGAUGUCCAGUUCCCUGUAAUUCACGACAACAACAUGAAAUACGAAGUGACAGCUCGCCGGGAAAGCCCACACUCAAUUAAAAUCCUCGGCUGGAAUUCUGAUCAGCCCUUCUCUAUAGGAAAUGCACAUAUUGUCCAUCCUCUCUAUAGAGACCGGGUUCAGCUCACAGUCAAUCGCUCUUUGUUACUUAAAGAUGUCCACAUGGAAGACAGUGGAGAAUAUCGCAUCCAAACAAACUACCUGGGAAAGGUGCUGCGGCAGAGAGAUGAGCUUACAUUUCAUCUGAAAGUCUUUGAGCCCGUGGCCCAGCCCGUGGUGAAGGUAACCACUAACUGCUCUGUGCCAGCUGCCACUCUGACCUGCUCUGCUCCCAACGGUACAAACCCACUGUUUCACUGGGAGAAAGUCUCGGGCUUUGCUGGUAACACAGUCGUCUACAAUGGGUCCACAUUACAUCUGAGCAACGUCACGGGGCGGGAGCGAGACAGCUACACGUGUGUGGCUCACAACCCGGUCAGCCAGACAGCCAGCAAACCAGUCACUGCAGAUCUGUGCCCUGACAGCAGCUCAGCAGGUGGAAGCCAUCACUGGGUUAUUCUUGUUGUUCUGCUGCUGUUGUUGUUGUCCACGUAAUGAGAUGCAAAAGGUAUUGAGACGACACUAAGCACUCGGAUAAGGAGGAGGAUUGUGUCACCAACAUCUCCAGACUGUGUAUCUGUGGCUCAGACACAACCCACAAACAGAACUGGAGUGAGAUCUAAUGGAGAGGAGAGUGUAUAACAUUAUUGUGAAACUGAUAUUGGAGAUGAGAAGCUGUGGCAGCCUGGGCUGGGCUGGGGGAGCUGAAUGGCCUCUUGUGCCAUUAGGUUAUAACACAUCAUGUUUGUUGCACUAAUGUUCCUUUGCCUCUUCAUCGUGUGAAGAAUUGCUGCUCACUUGAAGAAAUUAUUUGAAAAAGAGAAGGGAGUUUUUCUCUCUUCCUCACCUGGUGUCCUGGCCAACAAUCCCCCAAAUAACAUUGUUAAUUCACUUGCCUCCUUCAAGGUCCAUCUCAAGACCUUCCUCUUUGGUCAUGUAGUUUGCUCUUGUCAUCCUCCCUUCCCUUUGCCCUCUGCCUCUCUUGAUUCUCACCUCCAGCUCAGAUGCAAACUCUUCACUAUCCAUCGCCUUGGAUCAUCCUCCCGACGUGAAAGGCACUGGAUAAAUACGAUAUGUGCAUUUGUUGUAGUUCCAAAAUAUAUCCUUUGAUGCAAGUUCCGUGUCAGGCUGGUCAGAAAGGUAUAUUGUUUACCUCAAAACCAAUGUACCAGUGUAACAGCUGUAUAGCAAGGUGACCACAUUCUGUAAAUAAAUUGAACUUCCCACAA